AUGUCAUCGCGCAAUGUUUAUGGUGAUCGGAUGCAGCAGCAGCAGCCAGAACAACAACAAGGCAGCGCGUUGGUAAAUGAAGAAGAAUUAGCAAGUAAAACACUUCAUAUACAAUCGAAACGUUUUUAUUUGGAUGUUAAACAAAAUCGACGUGGUCGAUUUUUAAAAAUUGCUGAAGUAAGUUCCGGUGGUCGUAAAAGUCGUAUCUUAAUGUCAAUGAAUGUUGCACGUGAAUUACGCGAUCGUUUACAAGCAUUUGAUGAACAUAUUCAUACAUUAAAUGGACAAUCAAUUGAUAGUGAUGAACAACUUCGAUCAGCUAUUAUAUCACGUGAUGACAGAAAAUAUUAUCUUGAUUUACGAGAAAAUGAACGUGGAGUAUUUCUACGAAUUUCUAUGGUUGGAAUAAAUACACCUCGAUCACAAAUUGCAAUACCAGCAGAAGGUGUACAAGAAUUAAGAGAAUCUUUAAUAGAUUUAAUUGAAGAAUUUGGAGCUGAAGAUGAUCGAGAUAGUAUCGAAUCAUUACCUGCAAUAGAAUUGCCUGAACCACCUAGUAAUAAAUAUGUUCAUGUUGGAAAUAAAAAUUUCUAUUUUGAUGUUGGUUCAAAUAAUCGUGGUGUAUUUUUACGUAUAUCAGAAGUUCGUUCUAAUUUUCGAUCAGCUAUAACAAUACCAGAAAAAGUCUGGCCUUUGUUUCGAGAUAAUAUUAAAGAUUUUAUUGAUAUUAUGGAUAAUCAACGUAAUAACCCUGGUGAAAAAUCAUCUAGUCCGCCAAGCGGAAACUAA